CAAAUUUUUCUCACGACAACAGAAAUUUUCAGGUGUUAUCUUUCUUUCGUUCUGAAGGAAUAUCCCCGGCGAUUUCCGUCUCCCUCCUCUUCCUCCCUUCGCCCUCGUCUCUUGCCUCUCUUCUUGGAUUCCGAUCUCCUUCCGCCGUCUGGAGAGAUAGUGCUCCGCUUUUUCUAUCCUUUCUUCGGUAUCUGAUCCCAAGACGGGCCUUUUUUUCUCGGCGGCGGUGCCGGAUUUUGGCAAGUACCGCAAGAUUUCGUUCUGUUUUGCUUCGGAGCCGUCUGGAAAGAUUGCUUCUUGAAGACGUUUGGGCGGCGUUUUGGGGUUUUUGUUCGCUUUUUGGAUUUUCGACCCGGAUUUUGGAGUUAGGGUUUUGAGGUUUGGCACAACAUGCCACGGAGUUCCCGCCAUAGAUCGCACAGGGAGCACAAGUACGGCGAGCGGUCAGACUCCGAGGAGGAUAGGCACUCGAGGGGCCGCAAGGAGAGGGUUGAAGAGCAGGGCAGUGGUUCUAGGGUUUCGAGGGAUCGGGAAUCUGAGAAGCAAAAGUCCUCGUCUUUGCCGCAGCCUGGUGGUGGGGAUAUGUCUGUGGAGCAGUGGAGAAAGCGGAAAAAUAGGGAAGAAGACUUGGCAGCGAGUGGUCGGUUGAAUGGUGCUAGAAAGGAUGAUCGCGUGGCUGAUCUGGGCCCUAAAGGUGAGAACUCCGGGCUUGCAGAGUCGGAGAAGGCGACAAAGUCGAAGAUUUCUGCUGUCGCUUCGAGGGAUAGGUCAAGAAGAAGGCCUGAAGGUUCCGCGGAAAGGUAUGAGGACGGUAGCAGUAAGGUCGAGUUGACGAAGCGGCGGUCGGAGAAGGAUUUGAGUCGCGAGUCGAGUCGUAGGGAAAGCAGUAGCCAAUACAAGGAUGCAAAGGAGAAGGGGAGGGUGCGUGGGCCGGAGAAGGACUUAAGCCGUGAUUUGACCCGUAGGGAAAGCAGUAGCCAGUACAAGAAUGUAAAGGAGAAGGAGAGGGAUCGUGGAUUGGAGAGGGAUAAGAAGGCCCAUGGAUCCAGGCAUGAGAGGCCCGAUGACCUUGGCAGUUGGAACCAAGUGGCUAAAACGAGCUGCUCUGAAGAUGAGAGAGCCCUGAAGAAGGAUAAGGAACUUAGUGAAUGGCAGAUACGAGAUGACUUACUCAAUGUUGAGUUGGAGAAGGAGCUUGAGAAACCAAGGGGUGGGGGAGAUGGCUCCGCUGAUAGAGAUAAGUGGCAGGGUGAUGGCAGGGAUAGUGAUGACAGGCGAUUAUCUUCAAGAGAUGAUUGCCCCAAAAAUGAAAGCUAUAGAAAUGAAAGGCACAGGGGUGAAAGGCAUAAAGAUGGAAGGUAUAGAGAUAAAUACUGGGAGGAUCUUGACAGAGAUCAAAGGCAUCGAGAUGACAGACGCCAAGGAGAGCAUUCCUCAAGGGAUCAUGCUAGCAACAGAUCUGACAGUAAGCAUCACAGGGAUGAAAAUUGGAUUUCAGAGAGUCAUUAUAAGAAAAGUAAGCUUCAGGAUAGUGAUCGUGGUGGUUCUUAUGGUGAGGAUCACAGCACCAAAUAUAAGGAUUUGAGGGGAAGGAGGAGGUCAUUUGAUGAAAAUGAUGCUUAUGGUGACCUGAGGCCUCAAAGUGCAAAAGAGUCAGAUGGAGACAUUGACGGAGCUUGGCCAGACAAGAUUGAUUCCAAUCGCAGCAAUAAUCGACCAAAGAGUUCUCCCAGCUCUGUUGUUCAUGCCAUUAAGGAUCAAAGCAGGCAUAGCUUGAGGCGAGCAGAGCCUGCAUGCCAAGACUUGUCACCUGGAGAGAGAGAUCACUCUAGUGCAGCUACUGUGGGAGAUCUUGCAGGCAUUUCAGGAGGUCGUGAUGGAACUUCUGAUUCACGGUAUUUAGAGAAGACCAAAACAAGGGAUCACAUUAGUUCAGGUGAAUAUCUGAUUGAAACAGCUGCAUCUUCAAAAUUUGGCAAGACCCGAAGAUCAGAUGGUCGAUCCCCGUCAGUUCAGUUAAUGGAAAAAUCUCAGGCCACAAACGAUAGACAAUUUUUAUAUAGAGGUGGCACAAGGCAUAGUAAUGAUAUUGAAGAUGUGGCCAACAAAGGUGGCUCUUACAAAGAUCAAAGAGAUUAUCCCACUGAUGAUGUCAAAGAGCAGAAGUUACUGUUGAAGAACCGUAGUAUGGAUGAUUAUUCCAAAACGGAAAACAGUGAACAUGUUCCUCUUGGUCCAUCUUUCAACCGAAAUGGUCAUUUCCCUGGAAGUUUGCCAGGUCAUCUUCCACCUCUGCCACCUGUCCGGCAUGGAAUUGGGAGUCCAGUUUUGGGUUCAUAUGAAGAUGAUAACAUAUCUCAAAUUGGGGAUCGUAAAUUGAUUAGCCGUUACAGAAAAAACAGCGAUUUCAAUGCUGGAAGAGGACAGGGAAGUGAUUGGAAGAAUGUCCCAACAUGGCCAUCUCCAGUUGCUAAUGGAUUUCCGCCUUUCCAGCAUGGACCUAUGCUUGCUGGAUUUCCUUCAGCUAUGCAGCAGUUUCCUGCUCCAUCUCUAUUUGGUAUGAGGCCAUAUAUGGAUGUGACCCAUGCUCAUGUCCGCCCUUUUGGUUGGCAUAAUAUAAUGGAGAGUCCAUAUCCUCAGGUGCAAGGGUGGGAUGGAAGAACUGGUGUGCUCGGUGAUGAUUCCCAUGCCUAUGGAAGACCAGAAUGGGAUCAUCGGAAUAGACAUCUAAUGGACGGCAGAGGAUGGGAGACGAGUGCUGGUACGUGGAAGGUACAAAAUGGAAACUUCAAUAUCGAGAUUCCUCAGGAGUCAGAUUUUUCAACUCAUUCACUGCCAGAUGAAGGAUGGGCUGGGCAGUCUGGCAACAAGUCAAGCAGCGAACAGGCCCAUUCUGAAAGCACUGAAAUCAAGCAAUCUAAUGAUGCACCUGCAGCUAAGAAUGCUGCGGAAGUACCUCCAGAAACUAUAGAUGAAAAGACUCCUGUUCCUUCUAAAACAGCAGGAGAUGAUCGCUCCCGGUUUUGCUGUAAUUACCUUUCUAAGCUUGAUAUCUCUGUUGACCUUGCCUCCCCGGAGUUGUAUAAACAAUGCUUAACGCUAUUGGGAACUAAGGACCCUGGUGUAUGUAAUAUUUCAAAGCAUGGAUGCCAUCAGAACAAUAACGAUGUGAAUAAAGUGGUAGGGAAGAGUCCAAAUAACCUCUUAACUUCUCUGUUUCCUACAAAUACAGAGGCUUUUUUUCAGAGAGCCAUGUCAUUGUAUAAGAAGCAGCGUGAAGUAGCAAAAGCAAUGUUCCCUGUUGCAACAGCAAAAGGAGAAAAAGAUUCUCCGGAAGUUUCUGAUGCAGAUAAAGUGAAGGUGAUUGAUGAGCAACCUGCUGAAGAAAUGUCAUUGACAAAUGCUAAUUCCUGUAGGAGGAAAGAAGAAGCGGGAAAGAAUGUCAUUGCUGAAGCCAAAGAUAAUGUCCCUGGUGAUGCCAACGAAGGGAAGAGCACCAAUGCCAAUGCACUGGGCGAUCUUUCUGGUGAUGCUAAAGAACCGCAUUCUGAUGUCAUUUCUGAUGCUGUUGUUUUUGGUGAGGGUUCACGGCCAUGUGAGGCUGUGAUGUCAGAAUGUAGGGUAAAUUUAAGCCGAAUACCUAUUUCUCCUGAGAGUACACAUUGAAACAAUUUCUAUUCCAUGCUUUUUCUGCAAUGGCAUCACCAAUGAGGCUCAUGCUCC